UGCUCAAACUGGAGCGCGAGGACGAGGACUUCUCCACCCGAUCUCUCACUCUCUCAUCAAUUGACGCGGCAUUUUACGAAGAGUGAUCGCUUAUUGACUCCCGCCCUUGUCACUUACUGACGCUUGUCACGUGCUGUACUUCACCCUUUGUAUGUCAUGUCGAAUCCCUCAAGGAGUUUUGGUGCAUCUGAUGAACAUCAAAGAGAAGGACCUGAUUAUUUUGGUUACUAUUCUCAUGAAGUAGUAAAUUUGUUGUCAGAAGAUGAGAAUAAUAUGCAAUCUGCUAGCCAAACAUCCGAGCUUCCUCGAAAUUCAUCAGGACAGGACAGUGGGAAGAGUGCAGAGGAACACAGAGAUUCUUCUGGUUCAUUAAACAGCGACAAUUCAGACUUCAAAAAGGAAAGAUUAAGAUCACUACUCAGGCAAAGUGUCACUGAUCUUUCAUCUGAAGUCAACGAGAUGCUGGAUCCAGUUUUAGCUAUGCGAAGGUUGCAAUCCAGGCUAAAAGGUGAGAAGCAUUCCUCUAGUCAUGCUGUUGCUGUACCUGAUGAUGAUGCAGCCCAGGUCCCUUCCGAAAAACGGAAGGGUGAUGACAAUCAGUUAGCUCCAAACACGAAUCUGGAAGAGAAGAACGAAGAGGUGAAUGAUGAUCUUCGUUUCCUAUUGGAGAGUGAUCGAGUGGAGGUUGAGGAAAUAGUGAAGAAACAUGCUGACCAACUAUCAGGAAGGCUAGGGUAUAUGGAACGGCAAUUGGAGCUGCUUCUUAAUGCUGUAACAUCAACAUGCAGGCCUAUGACUCUCGAUGAGAAACAGCAGCUUCAGAAACUAAUUCAGAAGCUGCCGCCUAGAAAUCUUGACCGUGUUGUGGAAAUAAUUAGUCAAAGCAAGCCCGUAGAAGAACAGCCUUGUGACGAACUAUAUGUAGAUCUGGAAAAAGAGGAUAAUAUUACACUAUGGAGACUGUAUUACUAUGUUAAAGCUGUUGAGAGAGCCAGAACACUUUCAUGCCGCCAAAGGCUUGAUUAGUUAAAUGAUGGAAAAACUUGGACUGUAGCUCGAGUCAAUCUGUCUAUGAGUAGAUGGUCAGUCUAGGAGUUUUUUUUUUUUUUUGGGUUCUUUUAAUUCGGUAGCAAUGAGAAGAAAUUUUCUGGUGACAAAUGAUGAUGGUCCACUAAGUGGCUUAGCUUUAGAAAAGCUUGUACGCAGUUUUUGUAAGUAUACUUCGUAACUUUUGAUGGAUGUACCUAUAAGCUACAGCGUGCUAACCCUUAGUUUGUAACUUCUAGGGUGAAUAUGAAGCAAAUCUUCUCAGGUGUCACCAUUAA